GGGCAGAAAGCAUUUUAGGUACAUCUCUGGUGGUCCCAGCCUGACCUUCAUGCCUGUAUGAAUGUCAUCGUUGUGCAAAUGGCAGCAGGACGUGCAGCUUGAGGGACUCCAGUGUAAGUCAGACCAUCCAGCGGCUUGUCAGCUCUGGUACAGCAAGGCUUUCCUGUGAAAAAAUGUGCAUGAGCAGCCAGGGCAGAUUUAAGGACUGCCUUCAGCAACAGACGUUAGAUGCUGUGAUGUAGUAGCAGUUGCUGUGCUGAAAAAUUUGGAAUGGUUUUAAGUCGACUGAAAAUAAGCUCACGCUCCAGUGCACCAGCUGCCUGCUUUGAGCCUAACUUGAUAUUACCAGACAAAAAUAUCUCGAGGAAGUGUUUCAAAGGCAUUUCCCUUUACAACAAUAUUAUUCUCAUCCAUGCCUGAGUACAAAGUGAAUCGGCAGCAGAGAACUUAUCAUGAGAAGAUGCAAACAUGACAAGGCUCUUUCUCUUGGUUUUACAUGAUCUGAACACUCCAAAUGCAAAAAUGAUUUGGCAACUAACAUCUUACUGGACAUCCCUGGUCACAUCCGUGAUUUUCGGUCUGCUUCUGCAGCCACCACUGGCACAGCUUUCCAUCAUCACACAGCCAAACUUUGUCCUGUUGAUGGCUGAUGAUCUUGGCAUAGGGGAUAUAGGUUGCUAUGGGAAUGAUACUAUCAGGACACCGAACAUCGAUCGCCUAGCAAAGGAAGGAGUGAAACUGACCCAACACAUCGCUGCAGCUCCACUGUGCACCCCAAGCAGAGCAGCUUUCCUCACUGGCCGAUAUCCCCUCCGAUCAGGAAUGGAUGCAAUAAACAAUUAUCGCGUUAUUUUUUGGAAUGGUUGCUCAGGAGGGCUCCCUCCAAAUGAAACCACUUUUGCCAAAAUUCUACAGCAACAAGGCUACAGCACAGGACUCAUAGGGAAGUGGCAUCAAGGUGUUAACUGUGAAUCCCGCAAUGACCAUUGUCAUCACCCUUUGAACCAUGGGUUUGAUUAUUUUUAUGGGAUGCCUUUUACGCUAAUAAGUGACUGCCAAACAACAGAAGCACCAGAGAUGGACAGAGUCUUCAGAAGAAAACUCUGGCUUUACACUCAGAUGAUUUGCCUUUUUACAUUCACUGCUGCCCUAGGGAGAAUCACCGGCUUGAUUCCAGUCCACUGGAAAACACUGACCUGCCUUGCUGGGUUUAGUCUCCUGUUCUUUGUGUCCUGGUUCUCAAGCUACGGAUUUGUGAGAUACUGGAACUGCAUUAUGAUGAGAAACCAUGAAAUUACUGAGCAGCCAAUGGUGACAGAAAGGACUACAUCCCUUAUCUUGAGAGAGUCCAUUGCAUUUAUUGAAAGAAAUAAGCACAAGCCAUUCCUCCUCUUUCUUUCCUUUUUACACUCCCACACCCCUCUCCUCACCACAGAGAAGUUUCUUGGGAAGAGCAGCCAUGGUUUGUAUGGAGACAACGUAGAGGAGAUGGACUGGAUGGUGGGACAGGUUCUAGAUGCUAUUGACAAGGAAGGCUUGAAAAGUACUACACUGGUUUACUUUGCCUCUGAUCAUGGUGGUUGGCUGGAAAGACAAGAAGACAAAAGGCAGCUGGGUGGUUGGAAUGGAAUAUACAGAGGUGGAAAAGCUAUGGGAGGCUGGGAAGGAGGAAUCCGUGUCCCUGGGAUACUUAGAUGGCCAGGAGUGUUACCUGCAGGCACAGUUAUCAAUGAACCUACAAGUCUUAUGGACAUUUACCCCACAGUAACUCAUCUGGCUGGAGGGGUAGUACCACAGGACAGGGUAAUUGAUGGCCGGGAUCUGAUGCCUUUACUGCAAGGAAGAGUUGAGCACUCAGAGCACGAGUUCCUGUUUCAUUACUGUGGCAUUCACUUACAUGCUGUGCGGUGGUACCAGAAGGACAGUGGAGCCAUCUGGAAGGCUCAUUAUGUGACCCCAAACUUCCAUCCACUUGGGGCUGGAGCUUGUUACGACAGAGGAUUUUGCCCGUGUUUUGGGGAAGGCGUGACCCAUCAUGAGCCUCCAUUGCUGUUUGACCUCUCACGAGACCCUUCUGAAGCCAAACCUCUGUCAGCUGACACCGAGCCCCUCUUUGACGCUGUGAUAGAGCAGACUGGGAGAGCCAUAGAAGAGCACCGCAGGACACUGACUCCAGUACCGCAGCAGCUCUCCCUGUACAAUGUCGUCUGGAAGCCGUGGCUGCAGCCCUGCUGUGGGACAUUCCCUUUCUGUUGGUGUGAUAAGGAAGGUGAUAGUGAACUUGAUGACCUAUAAGGGAAACAACCAAAGUUCCUAAAGUUUUCAGGUCUUUUCUCUGGGGGUGUGUAUUGGUGAGUUGUUUGAUUAUAAUUUUUUUUUUCUUGGUUUUGUUUUGUUUUUAAUGAAGUCUUUAUUUGAGAAUUUCUCCAGUGAAUGGCACAGUAUUUGGUAAAGGUGUCUUUAAGCUGGAUAUUCUCAGGGAGGGAUAAAGACAGUAUGAUCUGAACUGCAUGUUUUAACUUGCAUCUGCUGACAACUGAAUAAAUAGUUCAAAUGCACUGAAACAGGCCAAUGUUAGAGCUGUACCAGUAAUUCUAUGACUUAUCUUUUGUUGUUUAUGAAUGUGCAUUUAGAAGCUUAGUUUUCUUUUUUGUUCUGAAUUUCUAAGUCAUUAAGGGUCUGAGGUGUCCUUUUUUUUUUUUUUUAAUACUUACUGGCAAUGCAUAGCAGGCCCUUAUAAAAUAUUUUUGCAGACUACUUUUCCUCCUGCCUCCCAAAUAAUUCUAGAAUAAUUCUGCCUACAGUUCCUCACAGAAACUCCUUUAUAAGUGGCUUCCUUCCUUGUGUGUAGUUAGUCUCUCCAGCAGCAGCAAUGAUGGCAGCUGGAUAGCCUGGGGCUUCUGGAUCAGGAUUAAUUGCCUGGUUGAGGAUUAAUUGCCUGAUUGAGGCAUAAAGCUUAAAAAUGUGAUGAGCUGGGGCUGCCAGUGAUUUUUGAGAAGGACAGGACUCCUCUGAUUGGAGUCAGCCUCUUUUGAUGGAGAACACAAAAAGCAAAAGUCUCGCUUUCCAAAGCCCCCAUUGCACCGAGAUUCCUAAGCAGCACUGGCAAGGGCAUAGUGGCAUUCAUGGUCACAGAAGUACAACACAGAUAACCGGUUUAGUCAUUUGUGCACAGGUCACAUAAGUUAUCUUGCUGCCCUAGAAAUGGCUAGGACCCAUUUCUCUCCUUUGAUAAAACCAGAAGAAGCCCAACAUUUAUUUUCCCCCUUGUUCCCCACAGUACAUCCACUGGGAAAUCUGCAGGUAAAUAAAAUCCUACAGAUUAAAAGCAAAGUUGUAUUGCAUGCUGUGACCUCAUGCAUUUCACAGACUCUUUCUCCCAGAAGAGCACCUAGAUGCUCCUUCACUGUUAUUCAUGAGAAAAAGCCUCAGUCCUAUUGUGAAAACUUCAGGAGAUGAAGUGAAUCCACUACUUCACAUAUACUGUAUUGUUGCUUAAUUUUCUCAAUUUUUAAGAGUGUGUGUUUUAUUUCUC